AUGGGCUAGUCCCAUCAUUUAAAAAAAAAAAGAAUAUAUAUGUACAAGUGCCACUAUCACUAUAAUUAUGUAUAAAAUGCUACUUUCAAUAUGACAAAAAAAAUGCUAGUGCCUAUACCCUCCCUAAGUCCUAAUUUAUCAUUCUCUCUUCGCCAAUUCCAACCUCAAUUUUUUCUUGUCAAACAAAGGAAAGAACCAAGGAAACAGGGCUCUCUCAGAAAAUAAAACUUACCACCUCCACCAGCAUAUCUUGGAGGAUUGUGAAUGUUAGGAGAUGGGUUUUAAAUGGUAGUCGGCAAUCGUAAUUACACUUGCAUCAUAAAGGUUUUUGGACUUUCUCCUUGCAUCGCGGGCGUAAUUACAAUUACAUCAACCUGUAUUUGUCUGCAAUUUCGAAACCAUAACCGCAACCACUACUGCAAUUUAAAACUCGAAGCAAGAGACUCCGAACAUGAUCAUGGGCAAUGUUCCACAAACUACAACAAGCAAUCCUCCUCCACACCUGUAUCCACAGGAACUUCAGCUCAAGCUUUACCAGGCUUUCAUAUUCUCAAUUCCCAUACUAUUUUCCAUUAUUCUCAUUCUCCUGUUUUAUUUGUUCUACCUCAAGAGAAGGACAUCCUCUCUCUCAUCCUCUGCUCCUCACUUACUUCCAAUUGUUACCAAUCCAACAACUAGCUAUCUCUAUCAUACCUCACCUUGUCGUUUGGACCUGACCGUCAAAUUCCUGGAAAAACUUCCAAGAAUUUUAUUUGAUGAGGAUUUGCGAGCAAGGGAUUCACUAUGUUGUGUUUGUCUAGGAGAAUUUGAGAUGAAAGAAGAGGUGCUUCAGAUUCCUUAUUGCAAGCAUGUGUUCCACAUUGAUUGCAUACAUCACUGGAUGCAAUCAAACUCCACCUGUCCACUUUGUAGAUGUUCCAUCAUCCCCACUACCACCAAGUUCCUCAAUCCAGAAUCAGACCCACCUCAGCAAGGUGCUAUCAUUUCACACUCUCCAUUACAAGUCAUGUCAUUAUUGCAACCUCAAAGAGAAGAUGAACCCAGUGCUUCCUCAAAUACAGAGAAUUUUUCAAGGGAACGAAUGAUGCAGUGGCUGCACUAGCUGCAUUGUAUAAUAAUAAUGGACACUGAUUUGGAGGAAGGGAUAUUCAGAAGCUACACAUCAAAUGUUAUCUAAACCAACAUUAUAUUUACGAAAUAAAAUUUUGCCCUUCUUUUGGUACAUUGUAUAUAUAUAUUCAAUCAUUUAGUCCAAUGUAUAGGCUAGCAAACAUGGCAGCAACACACAGCAAGAAAUCAAUCAGGCCCUCAGCAGCUCCAAAGCCUCAAAAACUCCACAACCAAUACCAGAUCAGAUCACCAACCAGACACAAAGAGGUGAAAUUAAGCCAAAGACCAAACUGGGAAUUCCCUAUUACAACGUCGAGCCUUUUAACCCUGACAACAACGCCAGUCCAUGAUAAACGACUAUAGUAUGAGAUUUUGUAUUGUUA